AUGAUACAUAUUACAUAUUUAUUUACAUUAGAUACUUUCAAUUUGAAAGACAUAAAUUAUUUCAAAAAACCAAUUAUUAUUGAAACACCUAAUGAUUAUAUUACAAAUGAUAAUAUACUUGAAUUUACAUGUAAAGCUAUUGGUAAUCCAAAACCAUUAAUUCUAUGGUAUAAUACAACUACUAAACAACCAUUAAAUGAUACAUUACAAACAAAUAUACAUAUGAAUCAAUAUUUAGGUAAAUUAUUAAUUUCUAAUCCAAUACCAGGUAUAUUUUAUUCUAUUUAUUGUAAUGCAUCCAAUUCAUUAGGUUGGGUUAUAAGUGAUCCACCAGUGAUUGGUUCAGUUCUAUAUAUAAAUAAUACAUUACAUUUAAAUCUAUCUCAUAUUGAAUCCAAUGAAGGAACUAAUGUAACACUUGAUUGUUUACAUUCAACUAAUUUAUCAAAACAACAAAUUUUAUGGAUUAAAAAUAAUAAAACUAUCAUAAGUAAAGAUAAAUUAAACUAUUCAAAUAGUUUAGAUUUUUCUAAUAUGAAAUUGAUGUCCAAUGGUAAUUUAAGAUUAUAUUCAGUAACAACUAAAGAUACAGGUUAUUAUAUUUGUCUUACAAUGAAUUCAAUGGAACAAAGAUUAUCUCAAUCCAUUUAUUUACAUAUUAAAUCACUUGAUCAUAAAUCUAUCAUAUCAAAACAGAUUCGAAUAAGACAAGGUCAACAAGUGAAAUUAAUUUGUCCAAUCAAUAAAAAUCAAUCAAUCAAAUGGAGUCGUAAAUCAAAACAAUCUCUUAUCAUAUCUGAUAGAAUUCAACAAAUUCAAAAUGAUUUAAUCAUCUAUCAUGUAUUAUAUUCAGAUUCUGAUAUUUAUAUAUGUACUACAUUAAAUAAUGAAAUAGGUGAAAUAUAUCUUAUUGUUGAAACACCACCUAUAUUUAUACAAUCACCUAUUGAUUUAUUAUUAAAUAUUGGUGAUAAAGCUAAAUUUAUAUGUAUAGUUAAUGGUAAUCCUAAACCUAGUAUUUAUUGGGAAUUACCAGAUAAAACACCAAUUUUUCCAUUAGAUAAUAUUUCAUUACAAUCUACAUUACAAAAUAAAUAUAUAGUAUAUAUGAAUGGAACAUUAGAAAUUAAUUCAGUUACAUUAAAAGAUGCUGGUAAAUAUUAUUGUAUUGCACAUUCAUCUAUUGAUAUGAUACAAACAAGUGCUAUUUUAAGAAUAAAACGUAAAAAAAAGAAUUCAACCACCACCACAACAACAACAAUAAUAACAACAACAACCCCCACCACCCCCACAACAACAACAACAAUACCGCCACCACCAAAUUUAAAUCCAAAUCAAACUGUGAAUACAUUAAAUACUGAAUAUCAAUUAUCUAUGAUAAAUAAUAAUAAAUCAAAAUCAAUAAAAUAUAUAUUACCAUAUAUUGGAUUACCACCAUCAAAUCAAACAAAAUUUAUUGGUGAAUCUGUACUUAUUGAUUGUGAAUUACCAAAAUUAGUGAAAAUUAUUUAUCCUAAUGAAUAUCCUAAAUCAAAUGAUUAUGAUUAUGAUCAUGUUCAUGAUCAUAAUGAGAAAGAAUACUUUCAUAUUCAAAGUACUGAAACAUGGCGAAUUCUAUGGAAACGAUCAUUGUUCUCACAGAAUAAUACACAACAACAAACCAGUAAAGAAAUUAUUCAUGGAACAGAUUAUAGAUUUCAAAUCUUUCCAAGUGGUAGUUUACAAAUUAAUAAUUUACAAUUAAAUGAUACUGGUAUAUAUACAUGUAUAUUAAUAGAUGAUUUAAAUAUUAGUUAUGAAAGUACAAUGGUAUUAAAUGUUUUAUUAUAUAAAAUCAAUAAAACAAUUAUUGAUUAUUUACAUGAAUAUCCAAUUACAUCACCAAAUCAUUUAUAUAUUAUUAAUAAAACACAACAUACAAUUACAUUAUCAUGGAAUCCACCAUUUAUUGAUUAUAUUUAUAAAAAUCAUUAUGAUCAAUCAAUAUUAUCAAUAAAUUAUUGGAUUGAAAUUUAUACACCUAAACAAUUAAAUGAUGGUUGGAUAAUUAUUGAACAGAAUUGGCCUAUUAAUAUUAUUACAUUAAAUGGUUUACAAUAUAAUAUACCAUAUUAUAUUAUUAUACGUGCUAGAUUAGGUAAUGGACGUAUUGGAUGGGCAAGUAAUCCAUUUGGACCAUUAAUUAUUUUUAAUAAAAAUCAAUAUAUUACAAAAUCUAUAAAAAUAAAAAAUAUUCAAUUAACUGUAUUAUCACCUAAAACUAUUCAUAUUAGUUGGAAUUUAUAUGAACCAUCAUAUAUAUUAUCACAAAUUAAUGGUUAUAUUAUAUAUUAUCGUCAUGUAGAACAUCAGAAAUGUUUACAUGGUAACUAUAUACAAUCAAUUAUAAAUAAUGCUAAUUUAAUUAAUCAUUAUUGUAGUUUAAAUCCUAUAAAUUAUCAUUCAUCUAUUAAUAAUAUCAAUGAAAUAUAUAAACAUUUAGAAUUAAUGAAAUAUAUUUCUCAAGAAGAACAAGAAGAAAAUAUUACAAAUUCUAUUAUAUCAUUACCUGGUAUCAUAUCUACAAUAACAAUAGAAGAACAUUAUAAAAUAAAUCAUGAAUUAAAACAACCAAUUCAUCAUAAAGUAACAACAUUAUUAACAAAAUUAAAACCAUUUCAUUGUUAUGAAUUAGGUAUUAAAGUAAUUUAUAAUGAAUUUAUUAUAAUGAAUCAUAUAGAAACUACUGAUAUAUUUACACAUACAGUACUUACAUAUGAAACUAGUCCAUUAUCACCACCUAGAAACAUAUAUAUAAAUUGGUUAUUAGAUAAUCAUAAUUAUAAUCAUAAUCAUAAUAAUAAUAUAGAAAUUCAUUGGUUACCACCACCUAUUUCAGAUUGGAAUGGUAUUAUACUUGGUUAUAUUAUAUAUAUACAUAAUGAAUUAUUAAAUUUAUAUCAAAAUGUAAAUAUUAGUUCAAAUCAUAGAAAAUUAUUAAUACAUUUAAAUAAAUUACCAAAUGUAUUUUAUAUUCAAUUAGCAGCAUAUACAUGUAUUGGUAUUGGUAUCAAAAGUCAAUCAAUUAAAAUUGAUCUUAAUCAAAAAAUCAAUCAUAAAUUAUCAAUGAUUCAAACAACUGAAGAUCAUACAAUACUAUCAUCAUCUACAAUAUUAAUUGAUUAUUCAAUAAAUAAUAAUAAAUUAAUUAAUCAAUCAUGGUUUAUUGGUAUUAUGAUUAGUAGUUUAUUAGCAUGGUGUAUAAUCUUUAGUAUAUGUCUUAUUUGUUGGUUAUAUCGUCAUAAAUUAUGUAAUAAAUAUUUUACAUAUCAAUUAUCACAAUCUAAUAUACAAUAUAUUACUAAUAAAGAUAAUAAUGAUUGUAAAUCAAUAACAAAUAAUAUUCAGGAUAAAUCGAUAAUAGAAACCAAUGGUUAUUCAAAUCAUCCACCUCCUCCUCCUCAUCAUCAUCAUCCUCAUCCUCAUCAUCAUCAACAUCAUCAUCAUAUAAACGAUAGAUCUAUGACUAUAAGUAGUAGUUCAGUUGAACAAACAUCUGAAACAAAAACAUAUCCACAAAUAUCAUAUUUAUCAAUGAGACAAUCCUUAGAGAAUCAUUCAAAUGAUAGUUCUAAAAGUUAUGGUUUACAAUAUACAGACUAUUCUGAGGAAUCACAUAGAAAAUCAUCAUCUAAAACAAUGGAUCAUUUUCAUACAAUGAAUAGUAUUAUAGGAAGUCCUAUAAAUAAUAAUAAUAAUAAUAAUAAUAAUAAUAAUAAUAAUAAUAAUAAUAAUUCUACAAAAUCACAAUUAUUUCAAACAGUUACUAAACCAUUAACAUCAAAUUCACCAAUUGAUAUAUCCUAUUUAACUAAUAAUCUACAUGAUCCUAUGAAAACAAAUUCAUUACAUUUAACAUCACCAUCACAAACUAGUUCUGAACCAUUUGAUUCAGCUAUUUAUUUAGAACAAAUAUCAAAUAGACAACAACAAUUAAAUGAUUCAUCUGGUUCUAUAUUAACACCAUCAACAUUAAUAACUACUAUCAAUGGUAAUAUAAAUGAACAAAUUUAUUCACCUAUUGUAACACCAUAUGCAACUGCAUCUAUUAUACCAAUUCAUAAUUGUAAUAUUGGAUUACAAUCACCAAAAAUACAACCAUAUUCAAAUAAUCAUAAUCAUAGGAAUCAUCAUCAUCAUCAUCAACAGCAGAAUCAACAGCAAAAUCAACAGCAACAACACCACCACCACCACCAUCAACAACAACAACAACACCAACACCAGCAGCAACAGCAACAACAACAUCAUAAUCAUCCUAUCAAUGAGAAUACUUCACAAAAUAUGUAUAUAACAUGUAUGGAUUUAGCGAAUUGUCAAAAAGCUAAUUAUAUACCAAGUUGAUUAUAACUAUUAAUUAUCUUCAUACAGUCAGUUUAUCACAUAAAAACUAUUAUUGUUAUUAUACUUAUCAUAAGUAAUACAAUGUAAUUACUUAAUAU